AUGAAGAAUAGACCGGAUGAGCGGAUUCUUCCGAGAAAGAAACAUGAAUUAGAGAAAACUCUCCGCGAAGAGGCAUUGAGCAAGCCUGUUCCUGAAACUUCGAAAGGAUUUGCUCUCAUGGCCAAAAUGGGAUUCAAGCCAGGAAUGAGUCUGGGGAAGAAGAAAGACGCUCUGAUGUUGAACCGUAGUAUUCUGCUUCCAGAAAAUGAUCUCGGAUCCGGUAUUAGAGAGCCACUUCCUGUCGAGGUGAAAUCAACCAGAACAGGAUUGGGUCACGCCAACGAACAGGAGCAGCAAGCCAAGUUGAGGAUCCAGCGAGAAAUGGAGCGAAUGAAGCGACGAGCCGAGCAACAUGUUGAACUGACUGAAGAAUACAGGAAACGGAAACGCGGAAUUUCCAGUACAAAGGAUUUAAUUCGUGAUAUCCUAGCUAGUAGAAAAAUAUGCGUCGAGUUGGAUUUGAGAAUCAACAUGGAGCUACCAGAGGUACCGUGGUUUUGGAAAAGUUAUUAUAAGCGAAGCAACGUGGACGACGUUGUUGUGGCAAGUAGUUGCGACGAAGGUGGUGAUUGUGAUGAUGACUUAAAGUUCUAUUAUGCGAACGGAAAAGAAGCACCGCAGGAGGAACGUUUUGACGAACUGCCAAAUGAGAUUUUGCAGGAAAGGUUGUUCCACAUAACCGGCUAUCUACGUGAUGCGCAUCGCUAUUGUAUUUGGUGUGGUUGCCAAUUCGAAAACUUCGAAGAGCUUGAAAGUUAUUGCCCUGGACAAGAUCGACAAGCUCAUGACUCCAUUGACGAGUAA